AUGGCGUCUGUAAACAUGGAAUUCGAUGAGGAAAAAGAUGACAAUAAGAAGCUAACAUAUGAGGAAUAUAUGUUUAAUCAUAUACGAAAGAAGUAUAAAAGGCGAAAGAAAAGAAAAGGAAGCCAAAUUUACCUUUGUUUUUUCUUCUUAGUCGAUAAAUUAAGGGACGUUGUACAAUCGGAUCCGGGGGAAUACAGCGGGAUAAAAACGGUGUUGGGGUUUCCAACAGGGGCUCUUUUAGCAUUUGGUCUAUACCUGGCGGUAUUGGCCCCAUUAAAUCUACAGAAAGAUACAAGUGAGUUGGUGGGCGGACUCCUGGGUCUGGGGUUAGCUACCGGAUACGCGAUAUCGGCGCAGGUGCGAUGCAUCGCUUGGUUGCUUAUCCCCACAUUCUUCGGAAAGAAAGGACGAUCGUUUAUAGGAACCUAUGCAAUCGUAUUUCUCAUUGCAGGACCGAUCCAUAACAUAAUCGUAAACGGUAGAGAAGUGAUUCGCUCCUUGACCUGUGCUGCAGAAUUAGCCAUUAAUCAGACGUCUGCUAAAUGGGAGCUGAGAACUAAACCAUUCCGCAGGAUUAUGACGCAGUUUGUGAGUGAAGGUGCUCAUUUAAAAAAGGUGACCAAGAAGAUAGAUGCAGCUUACCAACCAAUCAGAAAAGAGUUAAAAAGCCACGAGGAGAGCGACGAAUAUGAAAUUGAAGAUGAGGACUCUGAAGCUAAAAUGGCGGAAAGAAUGAGACAGGUAGAUAAAGUGACACACAAUCGGCGCGGAAACCGGAUGCAGAAGAUAGAAUCUGAAAACGACGAGAGCACAGCAAAGGACAGAGCAGAGAAAUCCGAAAAAAGAUACCGGAAAAAGCUAGAAAUGAGAUGUGAAGAUGUAUGGAACAAGGCUGUAAUAAAGUGCCGAGGGAAGUUCAGGGAUUUGGAGAGAAAAUGUUUGUCCACCAUUCCUGUUCUUGGCUAUGUUCUAUGUCUGCCUCUGAAAUUGACAAUUUUCUGCCAACUCGCUAAAGUGGUGCCAAAUGCCCUUGGAAUGGAGUGUAAAUCUAUGGACGUGAUGGAGCCAGGUUUUGGUGAUGUGUAUGUAACGUCAGAAGACACAAUGGUCGACAUGGAGGAGAACUUCGACGUCAAUUUACAGUAUAAGAUGGUGAAAACUCCCGAAGAUAUCGAUUAUACUAUGGCAGAGGAAGUUCGGAAGGGAACAAUGCACGAGUUCGAUAAGAAAAAAGUAUGGGUGGAAUUUUUCAUGGCGACACUCCAGAGAUUCAUGGCAUUCACGUUUAUAGUGGUAAUCGUUAGAAUAUCCCUAGCAAAACCAUUAUUAAAGUGUUUGCUAUUUCACAGCUCCUACAAAUACAACAAGAAGUAUUUAACAGACUUUAAAUUCGAUAACAACUACAUCUCGUCUUACUUCCGCCAUAUUGAUGCAAGACGCCAUUACCAGAAUAAGCGUACACUGUUACCCUUGAAGAAUUUUGAAAAGGAUAGCAUGAUUUAUCCUGAUACGUUGAAACUGAUGAAAGGGGAAAAGAAAAAGCUGAGCACAGGCACCUUUUUGAUUUUAAUGCGGGCAUUUAUAUCAGGCAUGAUAGUAAUGUCAGCCAAUCUGCUGUAUGAUGUGAUGGAUAUCAUAGAGAAAAACAGUCACAUAAGUUACAGACAGACAGGCUUGCAUUAUAUUAGUGUGAAAGUCUCUGGCGUUGGAUUUAUGAGUCAGAUCAUUCGACUGUUUCUAAAGGCCUUCAACAGCGAACAUACCAUUGAUAACGUGACUACAAAUUUUGAAUGUUUGCCCCAUCCUACAAAACUAAACUCCGUGGAAGUCUACAAGAUUUACGCUGUUUAUAUUGUUGUCUGGAUUCUCAUGUUAUUUGAAGCAUAUGGCUUGCGCCUGCGCAGACUCAUUUGUGCUUUCUUUUAUCGAAAGAGGGAAAAAUCACGGAUAUUGUUUAUGUACAACGAACUGCUGAAAAGGAGAAAAGGAUAUCUUAUUCAUCUACGUAAAAAAGUUCGAAAACAGGCCAGGAAAUUUCAGCUUUCUCGGGACUCUGGCUUUUUGGUUGGAAUUAAGCGCUCCUGUCCCAAACUCGCCUCUCUGGUGAAACGUUUUAAGGCUUCUAAAACUCGAUGUUUGAUUUGUGAUGAUUUGGAGACAGAAGGAUUUGUUCUCUGUUCUACACCUGGAUGUAAUUUCUCUUAUUGUGCAGAUUGCUGGAUUGAUUGCAAGAAAAAGUGUUAUGCAUGCGUACCACGUUCUACAGAUUUUAGUGACAGUGAUAAUUCUGAUGACGGGAGCACAGAAGAUGAUGACGUAUAACACUAGAUGGUAUAAUGAACAGUAAAUAGUAUGAUUAUAUCUAAGUCUUUUUUAAUUUCAUCCAAAUUAUACUUUAUCAUGACUUUAAGGAGUUUAAUUUUCCUUAUAUAUACCAUUGCUUUGUUUUAACAUAUACUACAUGUAUCGUGUAUAAUAAAUGGAAUGUAAUGAAAAUAUGCAACAUCAAUACAGUGUGUGGAAUACUGUAGGG